AUGAGGCCGCUCUUCUUUAGCCAUGUCGAAAGUUUCUGCGGCUUCAUCUCACUGGACUUGAGGGAAGAUUGUAUGUCCUCCGCGAAACCAACGGGCAUUGCCUUGACCAUGGGACGGUGUUGUGCUGUGCGGCGCCUCUCCUUAAAUUCGCCUCUAAAAGACCCAAGUAUUCUUGCUCCAGAGUUGUCUACCUUUCUUGCUCGCCUCGCGAAUCAAGCCGGUGCGCCUUACAUACACCAGCGUCCUGUGACCUUCCCCACAGACCGGGAGAAGAAGAAUUGGCAGAACGACCUCCCAGAGCCGGAUUGGGACAAUCGAGAUACCUUCUCGGGCUUGCUGCGUGCGAAGAAGGGACAAAGAUAUACAUGGGUGGCUCUUGUUAGCUCCUGGACAUCGACUUGGGUGGGCAAGACAGCUGCCGAGUGGGACGAUCUUCCCUGGCAUGCCUGGGGUUUUGCUGCGAUAAAGUCCCAGAGGGGAAGAGGAAAGCAUAUUAUUAUCUGGGACUGUGAUCCCCGUUGUCCUUUCAAAGACAGCGAUGAUAAGCGCACUCCAACAAAGCGCCCUGGGGAAUAUAUGCUCCCAAUUCAACGAAAACUGCUGCCAGAUAGCAAGGUUUCAGCGGAUGAAGAUGCUGCUAGCAUAAAUGAGUCCACCUCAAUGAAUAGGGAGGCAAAUGGAGAAGAGGCAGAAGAACCAGCAAGCGUCAUAUUGGAGUUUUGGGAUACAAUCAGCGAGAUUGAGAGGCAAACGCCUCAUGAUCGUCCUGCACAAGAUGAGAUGAUCGAGAUCCACAAACGAUUGUAA